CGGUAACGUUAGCAUUUCUCCUAUGCAGUAGGUGGCAGUCAGUUGUUUCCUGCUGCCUUUCUUCGGAGGCGAAAGGCAAACUGUUCAGGCUACGGGGAUAGUUGGCCGUUUCACUGUUUUCUCUUUGCUGCUGAAUUGCAAAGCUAAAACAAUCAUAAUGACGAAGCUGCAGCUUCUGCACCGCGCGCUGAACGAGCGUCUGAUGGCUGCGGUGGAGCAGAUCAUGGAGAUGGUCGGCGGUACGGUGCUGGAGUACGAGGAAGAGACGAUCCGGGCACGGAAAGAAAAUGAGGUUCUGAGACGGAGGCUCCGAUGGAUGGAGGGGGCAAAUCCAGCGGACUGGCCAGGCCCAUCAGAACCCAUUACGCUUUCCACCCCAGAGGAGUCCAAUCCAUCCCGGCAAGAUGAGUCUGCUGUCAACUCUGGAUUUGGACAAGAGUCAGAAGCACUUGUAAUCAAAACAGAGACUACUGAUCACCCCCUGUACAGCGGCACCACAUUACCUCAAAGCGUUGAUCAGGCAUCUGACAUUGCUGGGACAAGCACUGGUAUUGCUUAUAGCUUUGCUGGUGGUAUGACCUGGGACUCUGCCCAAAAUUACAUGGCCCCUCUGGACUUUGAUCCAACUUCGGGUAACAGCAGGGUCAGGCACUGGAGAGGGCGGAACAGAAGGCAGAGGAUGUCCUUUGCCUGUCCAGACUGUGGUAAAGUCUUUGGAAGGGAACAGAGGCUGAUGAUUCAUAUGCGCAUCCAUUCAACUGAGAGGCCGUAUAAGUACCGCCGGCGCAAGGCGUUCUUCUACGGUGACAAUAAGAAGAAGAGGAAACUGCAUGGCCUCUCUCAGCUCUCAAGAGAAAUUGUGGAUGAUCUGUCGGAUUGCUCUGAGCAGACCAACAGGAGUAGCGCAUCACCCGAACGGCUAGCAAUUACUUCACGAGACCAAGAAGAAGAGCCAGGUGGUCUGUCUACUGAGAGUGACCACACUAGCAGUGAUAAAGAACCAGAAAACAGAACUGCCACCCAUGUGCGUCAUCAACACAAGAAAAAAAAAGGAGAAAAACCGAUGCCGUGUCAUUGCCCUCAUUGCCCUGAUCGGGUGUUCGCUCGGCCCUGUCAGCUAGCCAUGCACAUGAAGACCCACACGGCUCUUGUGAACCUUCCCAACCAAGCACAAUCAGGAACUGAUGAGAUAAUGGAUGCGAAGAUGAAAUCACACAAGAAGCAAAGAAAAAAUGCUGCAGUGAAGAAGGCCAAAGUUGAUGGCAAAAGUGAGUUCCGUUGUCCAAAGUGUGACAGAGUCUUCGCUUUUAAAACCAGGUUGCGUUUCCACAUGAAGUCCCAUAAGGCUGAAAAGGCUUUAUUACACAAAUCUCUUAAGAUGCCAAUCCAGACUGAGCCACGUAAAGAAGAAACUAUGGAGGUAGUACCUGAAACUACAGAAGUACAGAAUUUGCAAGAGCUAAAGAAAACGUAUGCCUGCCCACAUUGUGAUAAAGUGUUUAUCCGUGAAGGAUGGCUGGAGCCGCACAUUCGCACUCAACACAGGAAAGUAAAAAACAGAACAGGACAGUUUGACAUUUUCCAUCACAGUGGCCGGACAAGAUCACAACUGCCUUACUCCCAGCAAUUGCGUAAGCACAGAAUUGUGAAACAGAAAGUCACCGAGGAGUCUAAACAAAAAAAUGAAGAAUCAAAAAAGGUCAGCUCUAAACCAAGUCAAUCAAGAGAUGAGUCCAAUCUAGUUGUUGCUGGUUAUACACAGCAUUUGCGUAAGCGCAGAACUGUGAAUCAGGGAGUCACUGAGGAGUCUAAACAAAAAAAUGAAGGAUCAAAAAAGUUCAGAGAUAAACCAAGCCAAUCAAGAGAUGAGUCCAAUCUAGUUGUUGCUGGUUAUACCCAGCAAUUGCGUAAGCGCGCAACUGAGAAACAGGGAGUCAAUGAGGAGUCUAAACAAAAAAAUGAAGAAUCAAAAGAGGUCAAUGAUAAACCAAGUCCAUCAACUGAUGAAUCCAACCUGGUUGCUGAUGUGCCAAAAAUCACUACAGAUGAGGCAGAACAAAGUGCAGAUCUUCCUAAAAGGGGCCCAGAUGAAUCUAAGUGCGCUCCUGAGCAAUCAAAGGAAGACACUACAGACUCUGACAGAGAAACAUCAGUUCCUACAAAACUGAAGAGGAUGUUUCCGUGCAAAGUAUGUGGCAAAGAGUUUGUUCGGGAAAAGAAGUUAAAGAAGCACUCAAGGAAACACAUAGGACGUAGGUUGCAGGAUGAAAAGAAAAGGAAAAAAGAGCAAGCUCUAAGGGAAAAGGAGAUUUUGGAACAAGCCGGAAUGAGAAGGGAGGAAAAGGACAACAAUGACAAGACGCCAACAAGUAAUCACAACCUAAAUACGACACUUCAAGGAUCCCCAAACAAAGAGUUGUUACGGAAAGGCAAAACCAGAGGUCAAGGGCCACUACCCUGCCCAUUUUGUGGCAAAGUUUUUGCUUGGGAAAUGCGGCUAAUGAUGCAUAUGCAGAUUCACUGUGGUGAGAAAACCAUACUCCUAUCGGCAGCGCCAGACACGUUUUUAUGGUGACCUGAAAAGGGGCCAACUCCCGAAAAUCCAUAAUCAGGAGCCUCCGGGGAACAACAGUGAUAAGUCUGAAGAAUCUGUGGGUGAAGAAACGGUGAAUGAGGACGGAUCUGCACAUCUGAGCAGCGGUACAACCCAUGCAGUGUCUGGAGCUCUCGCAAGCAGUUCUGAGGCCACUGUACUGGAGGACUACACUGGCUGCCUUGGCCUUCUACCUCAGACAGCGACUGAGCAGCCUACCACCUGCGAUAAAACUAAUCAAAGAACCAAACCCGAGUUAU